AUGCUUUGUUGCAAUCUAAAUCCCGGAGUUUUGCUUCUUUUUCACAUAGGAAACAUGGAGGACGACUUUGCCAAGAUCUCCCUGAAGCAGUUCGAGAUCGCCAACACUUCCUCAGCCGCUUUUCCAGGCACAGUCGAAGGCCAAGGAUGGACCACCAAAGACUUUGAGAGGACCCUCAAGAUACGAAUCGUGAAGAAAGAGGGCAUGGAUAUGGAAUUCGAUUUGAUCGGAGUGGAUCCAAGUCUGGCUAACGCCUUCAGGCGAAUUCUAAUCUCGGAGAUUCCAUCCAUGGCAAUUGAAAAGGUCUACAUGCACACGAAUACUUCCAUCAUUCAAGACGAGGUGCUGGCCCAUCGCUUGGGUCUUGUCCCACUUAAAGCUGACCCCAGAUUGUUCGCUUGGAAGGGACAGGACACGGACGAUUUUGGUACGGACAAGGAUACCUUGGAAUUUGAAAUCAAGGUCAAGUGCUCGCGAAUCACGGGUGCGCCCGAGACGUCCGACAAUAAGGACGCGCUCUACCAAAAUCACAAAGUUGAAUCGGACAUCAUCAAAUGGAUUCCCAAAGGCGAUCAGAGCGAUUGGCUCAGUGCCGAUCCCGGUCCCGUAGAGAAAGAUAUCCUCUUGUCCAAAAUGAGACCUGGCCACGAGAUGGACAUCAAAUUGUACGCUUACAAAGGCCUUGGGCGCGAUCAUGCCAAGUUCUCACCCGUGGCCACGGCUUACUAUCGACUACUACCCGAGAUCAAGCUGAACCAAGAGGUGAGUGGUGAGGCUGCGGAGCGACUGCAGAAGUGUUUUUCCCCCGGUGUGAUCGAGCUCAAGGGUGGGAAUAAGAAGGCCGUAGUCAAGAAUGCGCGGUACGAUGCGUGCUCGAGGAACGUGUUUCGGCAUGACGAUCUCAAAGAUACCGUGACCAUGGACAAGGUGCGGGACCAUUUCAUUUUCACCAUAGAAAGUGUGGGUGCCAUUACCCCGGACGAUCUUUUUCGGAUGUCCAUAGAUGUGCUAGAGGCCAAGGUGGAUUAUUUUCUGGAAGAACUGGAUGCCUGUCUCACUCUUGGGUGAUGUUUGUGAUGAAUAAAAUAUCGAAGUAUUCUAUGCA